GUUAACAGGGCUAAAGCUGGAGGUCUGCAAGCGGCUUUAGUGGUUAUGCUGGUGGGGGGUGGACAUUAACCAUCAAGAGGUGGUCUCCCCUAUUAACUGAGGAUCUGUGCAAAUAAGGAAGUGGGACCCGUGGAAGCUGCGAACGCCGGUUGUCAUGCACAGUGGUGGGUUGGUCGGAGGUCCGUGACCCUCUCAUUUUCCUUUCUGGAAGAAAAGGGAAGAGCAAAAGAGACACGAGACAAAAAGGAAGGUGCCAGCAAGAGACCAGUGAGCCGUUUCUCUCUUUAUUACCUCCAUUCACAAAACCAUUGCAUCCCAUUAUCACAGCGAUGUAGAGGCAUUCUCUCCGAUUGGAGGAGGAAGGGUCCCAUUGAGUGCUUAGGCUUAGCACCACUCUCAAAACGCUAGCCCUUUUCAUUGCGGUCUCCCCCCUCAUCUGUCGCCUCUAUCCUCACGUCUGCUGUUCCCUCUGUUCUUCUCUCUUCUCUUGUCUCUUGUUUUCUUGUCCCUUUUCACACCACUCAGGAAUCAGGAGGCAUUGCGUUUUGGUAGAAGUGGGUGUUUCUGGAGCUGUCAUUGUGUUUGGUGCUGCUACAAAGGACAGCUGAGCGGAGAGUGCGCGAGACAGCUUUGGAGAUAAAAAAGCCGCCUGAAAGAAAAGAGGGGGACCUGGGACUACGGGAGCCGCUGACAACCUCUGGAAGGUGAAUGGUGAUGAAAAGAAAACUGUUACACAGACUGACAACCAUUUUAAGGUAGCUAUUUAUUCACACCAUUACCACCUCCUUUAGGGAAUAAAGAAGCAGCGUGGCAAACCAACACUGCCAGUUGGAUUCAGCUAUUGCUGUUGCUAAGCAAAGUCACUAACCUGAAGUUCUUGGACAGACAGUGUUGAUCAUCCCUCUACAGCCAUGAAGGGAAGCUCAGAGGAAAGCAUUGAAAGCACCAGGCCCUCAAACCUGCAGGCUUUCGCUAACAUGUCCACCCUACAUGGCAUGAGUCACAUAUUCGCCUAUGGACACAUGACAUUCCGCCGGUUCCUUUGGUCUCUUUCGUUCCUGGGCUCUCUGGGCUUGUUGAUGAUCGUCUGCAUGGAUCGAGUGUCCUAUUACCUGGAGUAUCCUCACGUCACCAAGCUGGACGAGGUGGCUGCGACGAACCUCACCUUCCCGGCAGUUACCUUCUGUAACCUCAACGAGUUCCGCUUCUCCAAAAUCUCCAAGAAUGACCUCUAUCAUGUGGGAGAGCUGCUGGCCCUCCUCAACAAUAACUACCAGAUAGCCAACCCACACUUGGCUGAGCCCGAGGUUCUGGCCGCCCUUAAGGAUAAAGCCAACUUUCAGAACUUCAAGCCCAAACUGUUCAACAUGACUGAUUUCUACAACCGCACAGGUCAUGACAUCGGUGAGAUGCUACUGCAGUGCACCUUUCGAGGAGAGGAUUGCUACCCCGUGAAUUUCAGCACAAUUUACACACGCUACGGAAAAUGCUACACGUUCAACUCGGGAUUGGACGGCAACCCUCUGUUGACCACGUUAAAAGGUGGCACGGGGAACGGCCUGGAGAUCAUGUUGGAUAUCCAGCAGGAUGAAUACCUCCCUGUCUGGGGAGAGACAGAUGAGACCUCCUACGAAGCAGGCAUCAAGGUUCAGAUCCACAGCCAGGAUGAGCCGCCCUUCAUUGACCAACUGGGAUUUGGUGUGGCCCCUGGUUUUCAAACUUUUGUGUCAUGUCAGCAGCAACUGCUUCAGUACCUCCCUCCGCCGUGGGGCGACUGCAAGUCGACUCCCAUAGACUCUGAGUACUUCUCCACGUACAGCAUCACCGCCUGCCGCAUCGACUGUGAGACCCGCUACCUGCUGGAGAACUGCAACUGCAGGAUGGUUCACAUGCCGGGGACUUCUACAGUUUGCACACCUGAGCAGUACAAAGACUGUGCUGACCCAGCUUUAGACUUUUUGGUGGAGAAAGACAACGAUUACUGUGUCUGUCAGACGCCCUGCAACAUGACCCGCUAUGGCAAGGAGCUGUCCAUGGUUAAGAUCCCCAGUAAGGCCUCCGCUAAGUAUCUGGCUAAGAAAUUCAACAAAACUGAGCAAUACAUCGGAGAGAACCUCAUGGUCCUGGACAUCUUUUUCGAAGCUCUGAACUACGAGAAGAUUGAGCAGAAGAAGGCCUAUGAAAUCGCGGGGCUCCUCGGUGACAUUGGAGGUCAGAUGGGACUGUUCAUCGGAGCCAGCGUAUUAACAAUACUGGAAAUAUUUGACUACCUAUAUGAGGUGUUUAAGGACAAGGUCUUGGGUUACUUCACACGCAAGAAACGACCUCAGCGUUGCCAGAGCGACAAUCUGGAGUUUCCAGAGAACCCAACCAGCCCUGGUGUCACGCCUAAUCAUGCCCCCAGAUGACUGUUGAUGUGAAGCACAAACCCUUGGAGAUCAGCCAUCACUCGAAAAGCCAGUGACAGGACGUCUCUGGCUGUGACUACCUUUUACGGAUCGACUUUUAACUUUCCCACACUGUUGCACACGGUGGGUGUGUUCACUGCUCCGGCGUUAUCAGGGAUAACGAGUGCUGUCUCCGAGAGGAGCCAGAGACUUUAUCCAAAUGGGAAUUUUACCUUUCAGGAAAAGAAAACAAACAAACAACAUCAAAAAGGGUGAAAUCGUUGAGUCAUGAGCAAUAAAUGCACCGGAUGAGAAAAAAACACUGUUAAAACAAAUUUGAUUUGGGAUUAUCACGACAUGGUCAACAGCCGGAGCAUAAGUAGACAACUGCAACACACUAAUGUAAGAUACACGUGGACAACAACCAUCAUCAGCCAAAAAACAGAAAGAGACACAAAAAAUGCCAACUCACGUUACGCGAUGAUGCUGUUCUGAAGAUGCUGCAUUGCCAAGAUGAUUUUGAAGUGUGUGUGUGAGCGUACGUGUGUAACGUUGAAUCUACCGUGAACUGUGGGGGUGCGUGUCGGAUUUGUGACUCUAACCCCCGCCCCCCCCGCCCCGCCUUACCAGUAGAAGAACAGCAGAGUGUACGUGAACUGGCAGAAACUCAUCCGUGACCUGUGUGUGCUCAUCAAGUCGACCGACAUUAACUGCAUAGCUAUGACCAAGUAGAAACACAAUAUGAAGAUACUGUUACUAUACUGUACAGAGAUUUGAGCUAUUUUAUUCUUACGGUUCCUAAUAGUUCUAAUAGUGACCACACGGCACAGCCCCCUGUUUCCUUCCUGCAUGAACCCUGUGUACCCCUCUCUUAUCUCUGGUCUCUUAAUGUCAUAUUAGCCGAGCUGUUCACUUUGUACUGUCCAGAGUGUAUUUCUGGAGCCAGGUGAAUCUGAGAGAGUUCUCCAUAUCGUGUGGUGCACUUUGGGAUUUUUAUGAUUGAAAAAAAAAAAAAGGUUUGGGAUCAUGCAACAUUUAACUAAAUAAAGAUAAGUGUGCAGAUGUGGGAAAUUACAAUAUCACUUCAUAUGGCUUCGAGGGAUAAUAGAUGUGCCUUUAAGACUGGUUCUUUCAGGAAACAUUAUCAUUUUCACCGACACACACACAUGGGGAACUGGAUUUGCUUCAUCUGGCUCGCUGUGCAUUUUAUUGUAGAUAUGUGAUUUUAACUCUGAACUGUACAUUAAAUAGUUCAUUCAACGAUC